GUCACAUGAAUAUCUCAUACUAAUCUGAUAUGCUGUAUGUUUCAGGUCUCCCAGUGAGCGGGGUCUUUGGCGGCAAAGUCCUCGGAUAAGACAAAGUUUUGCGUCAUUUUUAUUUUGAUACUAAUCUGUUCUGCUGUGGGUUUCAGGUCACCGGAGUUACUGCGCUGUUUCCUGAGAAAAUCUUGGAUAGUUUAGCUUUCAACGUAUUUGUCUGUGCUCUCAAAUUCCAAUAGAUUUGAGCAAAACAAUACCACAAUGGGACCUCAGUAGAUGAUCCGACCGUGCAGAACCACAGCUAUUUUUUAAAAUGUACAAAUUGUCCAAUCACCUGUUGUACAUUGCCAUUGACUCAGCCUCCUAAAUAUGAUGAAGUCAAAUUUUUCUUCUGUCAAACUGACAGAUCAUAUGGAAUAUUUGUAUAGCCGUUUUCUUCCAUAUCGAACCUUCUCGCGAUGAUCCGUUUCUCGUUGCAUCUGACUAUAAGCACAUGCAAAUUGAGUAAUAAUGUUCUCAUAAUACGUUCAUCACAUGCGCUGAUGAUGCAACACGUGCGAUAUCUCUGGAAUUAUUGAUUUAUGUAAACACAAGCAAGUUCAUCUCUUGCUGUGUAGUCUGAAAGUCGGCGCUCUGAGAUAACACGGCGAGUGGCGCCUCUCGCCGAUAGUUUAUUUAAUUAAUACUCGCGGAAAAUAAUCGAAAUCAAUUUCACCAAAACAUCGAUAACUAAAACAAAAAUUGAUUGUCCAGUAAACAAAUUUCUCUCAACCUCUCGAAAUCAAUGACAUGCGUAAAUUACCCGAGUAGAUAAUAUAAAAGAAUUACAGAAAAUGCGUUAGAAAAUUAAAAAAAAAAAAAAAAAUACCCGCCAAAAAAUUUUCAAAACUUUCGGCCCCUAAAUCUGACGAAAUAAAUAAAACUUGUACAAAUACCGAACUAAUUCAUAAUGGAGAAAAACGAAGACGAACCCGAUGACGUCAAAAACGCAACUCCUGUCGCGGGUACAAUUAAGUCCGGCACGAAGGAUGAAUCUGCCGGAAGUCCUAGGGCCACGAAAAAACCGAAACAUCCAGAGCAAAGUUCAAAGAAAUGUGCGGCGAUAAAAUCGAGAAAAGCGAGAAACUCUGAGGCCUCAAAAAUGAUGUCGGUCCUCGUUUAUUCCCCACCCUGUACUUUACCAAAAGUGGAAGUGGUGCCUCGGCAUUGUCUCUCGAAAACAAAAUAUCUGGACGUCCUAGCCACCCCCAGUCGAAAAUGUUCGAACGACUGUACGGGAAAAAUGGUGAUGAGAAAAGUGCGACCGUUAUCGGCGCGAAUAAACGAACUCGCUCAGCCAGCCAGACGUUUGAUAAUGGGAACUCUUCGCGAAAGGGGCGAAACCCUCCCCCCCGAAAUGAUAGCCAGCCUCAUCAAAUCGAUCGAAGGAAGCACCUGCAUGACACCCGAACAAGCCGAGCAGUACUUUAGAGAUAAGGAACGCGAUAGAAAUAAAGGUCGUAACAAUAAGGGCGGUAAAUGCGGCAAGCAAAAGUGCAGAGGGAAGGCGAAACCGGACUGCCCUUCGCCGCUGGACCGGGACGCCGUCCUGUGUCAGUACCUCAUGGCCGAACGUUUCGUCAAAAGUAUCCUCCAAUGGAAAUGCCCGAUUCCGGUCGACGAGGUCCAGGACAUAGCCCUCGUUAUACUCAGGAGACUGAGCUUCGUUCUCGAAUACGAACCGCUCGAUGGACGAGAUUUAAAAUCCCAGCAGAUGAGAUUCUUGGCGGAUAUCAUCGCCUGUUGGAUAUCGGGGGUCCUCGUCGAGGUCGCGAAGGAACACAGGAAGGAAUUGGAGGACGAGAAGGCCGCGGCGGUCGGCGACGAAAUCGGAGACAAAAAUAAAGAUGGCGACGCCGAGGACGAGGACGAGGACGAGACGGAGAUUCCAGGAAUGGGGAAACCGGAAGUGGAAGGGGAUGACGAGGAGGAAGAGGAGGAGGAAAAAGAGGCUGAAAAGGAUAAAGAUGCCGAAAAGGAUAAAGAUGCGCCCGUCAAAGUAAAGGACGAGCCGAAAGAACCUCAGGUCGUUUCGCAAGCGGGUGGACCUCAAAUUCCCGCAGACGCGGUCGCGGUAGAGCCGGGAAACGUUGGUGUGAAAGAAGAACCUGAAUUAGCUGCAGAGAUUAACAAACAGCAGGAAGUUAUCGCGAAGCUACAACAAGACCUGGAAGAUAGGGAGAAGGCCCUGAAAGAGGCCGAGGAGAGAGCCAGAGAGGAAGAAGAGCGUCGCAAAAAACAAGCGGAAGAAGAUAGGGCGGCGAGGGAAGAAGAGGAGAGUAAAAGAAGGGAGAUCCGGGAGGAGGAAGAGAGACAAGCUAAGGAGAAAAUCGCGAAACUGGAGGAGGAGCUGAAGAACAAGAUCGCCGAGGAGGAAGAAGCGAGGAAAAAGAGGGAGGAGGAGGAGGCCGAGAGGAAGAAAAAAGAAGCGGAGGCGGAGGAGCAACGGAAGAAAGAAUCGGAGAAGAAGAGAAAAGAAGAGGAAGAGAAGCUGAAGGCGAUGGGUCCCUCGAAAGCCAUAGAGAACAUCGGCGACGAGGAAUUGUUCAAGACCAGCUUGCCGUUCGUUACUUUCGGGCGGAUAAUCGAGACUUUCUACGAGAUGACGGAGGACGAGCCCGAAGGCGACGAGGACGAUCCGAUCGAAAAUCGAAUACAGCGCGCUCUGUACGAGAAAUUCGCGGACCUCGUAGAUCUCGAGAGCCCCGAGAGCCUCACGGAGAACUUGAAGGACGUGACGGACGUGUUGGCCGGUAAGGUAGCGAGGUGGAUGAAGGGCAUCCUCAAGGACGCCGAGGUGAAGUUCAUGAGCGCGCAUCCGGCGGAAGUUGAGUCCAGGGAAGUGAGGGACUGGGGAAGGUGGAUGGACCAGGUUACGGACAGGGCGGGCGAUUGGGCCCAAUGGAUCCACCGAAUCGUGAGAGACGCCGAAGCUAAAUCCAACGAUCCCGAAAAAGUGAAUCGCGGCGACUGGGAAGAUUGGACCUCGGACUUGGACGCAAAGGCUCUGCUUUGGCGGAGAUAUUAUCUCGAAACCGUUCACCAGGCUCAUCACAACGCUAUGAUGAUCGCCAGCAGGCCCGUCGUCAAAACGGGGGAAAAAAAAGAGUAUCUUUAUCCCGAGAAAGAAAUUCAAGAGACGGAUCUGUAGCAGCCUAGACUAAAGUCUCGCACGACGUCGCCCGUUAAAUCUUUUUCUAUAUAUCCAUUAUGAUAAUUACCGUAAUAAUGUGUAACCGCGAUAAAGUAAAACUGUAACAAAUGCCCGAUGUAUAGAUCCGCUACUUUCUCUCUGUAAUACGGACACCGACGUAUAUCGGAGUUUCCCUUGCCCUCCAUUUAUCGGCACGUGAAACUGCCGACGCAGGUAAAAAAAAUCAAUCGAUUCAAAUUACUCAACUCCGGAUAAAAUCGAGCGUUCGAUGAACUUAUUUUGCUCAUCGCCGGUCAGCAGAUUUGAAACUUUUACCUUCUUCACCGUUUCGUAUUACGAGUCAGCGUUAUUAUUAAUAAAAUAGCGAUAAAAUCUGCAUCGUCAUUUCACCUGGCUGAAAUUCACGCACGCGUCGCCGGUAUUUCGUGUUCGUUCGUUUUUUUUUUUUUAAUGGGACCACGAUGUGCCUCGCUAGGAAUUCUCCGGGAACCGCUACACGACGCUUUAUUUAGUCAGUGAGAGUCGAAACGACUUUCUACUUUUUACUACACAUCUUCGCGCAGCUCCCGUCCACCUGAACCGUACAACGAACUACGAAACUUGAUUCUCUGUCGGCGCGAGAGCGAUCGAGAAUUCGGAGGGUUCCGUGGACCCGGCUGUUCGAUUUCGAACGACCAAUCGAAUAACGCGACUCGUUGCGAAACCGCGUCACUUUCUUCGCCCCGUAAAAUUCCCCCCUCCCGACAAUCAGCGAUUAUUCUCCGAUCCUCCGGCGUACCGGAAACUGCGGGAAGCCGCUUGUGAAUCGCUAGGAGAAUUGAGUCGUCGUAGGGAGCGCGGAAAAACGUUGAACGCCAGGCAUAAAACCGAGGUGGAUUAAUGACGCGCGGAAUUAAUAAGCGGCGCCCGCAAAACGCGGAAGCGUAUAUACGAGAUCUUCGAACGACGCGUGUAUCGAAUUACUUCCGGCUCGUUAUAUCGCAUUAAAAUUUUUUGAAAAAAAAAAAAAACCGCAGCGCGCGCGCGAGCGCUUACCUGCCGACGGAAAAAUUGCGCCGCGUCGGCGACUUUGUUUAACCUGCACUUUUUCAAACGGCGAAAAAUCACGGUGUGAAGCGCCUCCGCGAUCAGCC